AUGCCUCAAAACGAGUAUAUCGAAAGAUGGCAGAAGCAACAUGGCAAACGUCUCGACCACGACGAGAGAGUACGGAAGCGAGAGGCCAGAGAAGGCCAUGCGCAGUCUGAAAAGGCGCAGAAUCUGCGCGGUCUGAGGGCCAAACUGCAUCAGAAGAAGCGACAUGCCGAGAAGAUUCAGAUGAAGAAGGCCAUCAAGGCGCAAGAAGAGAAAGAUGUCAAAUCGGCCGCUCCAAGCGAACCGUCCUCCCAACCACUGCCCAGUUAUCUACUUGACCGAUCACAAGCCAACAAUGCCAAAGCACUAUCAAGCGCGAUCAAGAAUAAGAGAGCCGAGAAGGCCGCGAAGUUCUCGGUUCCCUUGCCCAAGGUGAAAGGAAUCAGUGAAGAAGAAAUGUUCAAGGUGGUCAAGACCGGCAAGAAGACAGCGAAGAAGAGCUGGAAGAGGAUGAUUACCCAGCCAACGUUUGUCGGUCCGGAUUUUACGAGGCGACCGGUCAAAUACGAACGCUUUAUUCGCCCGAUGGGUCUGCGAUACAAGAAGGCCAAUGUCACACACCCUGAGUUGGGUGUUACAGUCCAACUUCCGAUUAUCAGUGUGAAGAAGAACCCGCAAAAUCCUCUUUAUACCCAAUUGGGAGUGCUCACUAAGGGCACGGUGAUCGAAGUCAACGUUUCUGAGCUUGGACUGGUCACCACGGGCGGUAAGGUUGUCUGGGGCAAGUAUGCACAGGUUACAAAUGAUCCGAGUCGAGAUGGCUGCUUAAACGCAGUGUUGUUGGUGUGA